AAUUCAUCUAUUCAAUCUAUAAUAAUGAUUUAAAACCAUUCAAAUUCCUUAGAGUCGGUUAAAAAUCAGUUCGCAUGGAGAAGCAUGGCGACGAUCCAACCCCGGACUGCUGUGAAUCUCCAUUGAAAAGGUUCAAGACGAACGUCCCACCUAUCCCUAAGACCUUUCCCUUACAUUGUGGGGAUCAGAAACCCGCUGAAGAUAGUCCCAAAUAUGGGGAGGAAAAACUCAGCGAUGGAAGCAGCAACGUCACCGUAAGCCAUGUGCCCGAUUUAGAAUCUGUGGAGGAAAAACUGAGUGAUGGAAGCAGGGACAGCAGAGUAGGGGAGAUGUUAAAUCCAGAAUCCGGGGAGGACAAAUUGAGCGAUGGAAGCAGCAACAGCGCCAUUGGGAGAGUGGAAGAAGAGGUUUCGAGCGCAGAUGAAAGCGCGAUGGGCGGCGACUAUUACGUACAAGGUGAGGUGUCCAGUGAUAGCGAUGUAAGAAUGGAGAUCGAUGAUGAUGAAAGAUCUGAUGACAGUACCGCCACACAUGAUAGUGAUGAUGAAUAUGCCGGAAGCCCUAGUGACUAUAAAAGUAAAAAACAAUGGAAGCAAGUGAAGAAGUACAACAAAAUCAUAAUGGAAACAGAUGGUUUUGGCGACAUCACAGUGAACCCCAGAGGGGGAAUUCCUGGCGUAAUUGUGUCUCUUAACCUGAAGGGAGGGCCCUCUCGUAGAUUGGUAAAAUGCACCAAAAUGGCUAUUGACAAGUACAAUGCUGAAAACGAUGCAAAUCUGGAACUUGAGGCUAUUGAGAAGGCAAACUUUGGAUAUGCUGCUGGCUAUGUAUAUUACAUAACAUUCAGAGCUAGAGACACAGUUACUGAAAAGGUUAAUCUAUAUCAAGCCAGAGCUUUUUACCACUUCAAUGGGCUUGAUCAUUCCGUGAGCUUUGUUAGGUUGGCACCUGAACAGACGGAAGGGUUAAGCACGUGAUAUCUUCGGAAGAUGAAGAUGAGAACGAUGCCGAGGAGGAGGAUGCUGAUAAGUAGAAUUAGGAUGUUUCGGUUUUUUCCCCUUCGUAAUUACAAAGUCGUUUUAACGCUUUUGAAGCAUGCUUGUAAAUCGCGGCCAGUAGCGCCGAAGUGUAAAGGUGGCUUUUGUUGCUUAUCCUUCCCUUUAACACAAUGCCUUUUAUUCCUACGCAAUUCAUCCCCUGUUCGGUCUGGAAAGGUCUGCAGGACUUAACUAUUUGCCCCAAACGGCAAACACUUCCUUGUUCGAUAUCUGAGGGGCAUUUGGACUUAGC